AACUUCAAACAUAGCUAUCCAAACGGGUCCUAAGAACUUCAGAAAAUGAUAGCAGGAUUAGCGUAAUGGUUGACGCAAUUGAGCAAUGGCAGACGCAGUUGAGAUGCCUAGAGUAAAGCUGGGAAGCCAAGGACUUGAGGUCUCUAAAUUAGGUUUCGGCUCUAUGGGGCUCACUGGAGUCUAUAAUGCUCCUGUUUCUGAGGAGGAAGGCAUUGCAAUAAUCAAGGAGGCUUUUAGUAAGGGAGUCACAUUUUUUGACACAUCAGACAUUUAUGGCAUGGAUCAUGGGAAUGAAUCCUUGGUGGGGAAGAUGCGAGAAGUUAAGAAAUUAGUUGAAGAAGGCAAAAUAAAGUAUAUUGGCCUGUCUGAAGCUCACCCGGAGACAAUAAGGAGAGCACAUGCAGUUCAUCCUAUCACUGCUGUACAACAGGAGUAUUCUCUAUGGACCCGUGACAUCGAAGAUGACAUAAUUCCAGUUUGCAGGGAGCUUGGGAUUGGGAUUGUUCCAUAUAGCCCUGUUGGACGUGGGCUUUUUGCUGGAAAAGCCGUUCUUGAAAGCUUGCCCGCUAACAGUUUUUUGACUACACACCCUAGGUUUAUUGGAGAGAACUUUGAAAAGAACAAAUCUAUAUAUUUUCGUAUGGAAGGAAUAGCCAAGAAGCAUGGAUGCUCUCCGGCUCAACUUGCUAUUUCAUGGGUUCUUCACCAAGGGAAUGAUAUUGUACCUCUUCCUGGUACAACAAAGAUAAAAAAUCUUCAUGAUAACAUAGGUUCAGUGAGAGUAAAGCUCACGGAAGAAGAGGUAAAAGAACUAUCUGAUGCAGUGCCCAUCGGUGAAGUGGCAGGGCGGAGAAUUGGCGAGGCUCUUUAUAAGACAUCAUAUAAGUUUUCCAUUACACCAACAACAACCAAAUGAUAAUCAAUUGUGCGCUAUUCCAAGUACAGGCUUGAGCUUGUUGCUUCUCUUGUUUCCCUCUUAAAUACAUUGUCAUAUGAUCAUUUCUCUCUUUUUGUACUGCCACAAUUUGAAUAAAGGAUCUGUCUGCUUGUGUUUUAUCUCA